AUGAAGGCUGAAACUCUUCUAUUUUUGUUAUUCGCUGGUAUCUUGCUAGUGCAAUGCGAACAUUUAAUUGUGGGAGAUGCAAAUAACAAACAUUUGAUCUACCACACGACAGCGCAAUAUCACUAUUAUCCUUUUAUGAAAAGAGUAAAAGACGUUUUCUUUUCCAGUCCUGAUCUUAGACCUAUCAAUGCGAUCAUGGCAUAUGAUAAUCUCCACACAAAAGCAUCAGCCACCAUCACAGCUGGCGGCCUAGGCUCUACCUACGUCAAUAUACGACUGAAGAGUGAACGUGGUGAGCCACUGGACUAUGAUAUUUCGAUUUAUUCA